UGCCCAGUUUGCAGUGUGUACGUCCAGUCACAAGCGAACGACGAGAGCCGGAGUUUGGACCGAGACCCAGCCGGGGAACUGCAGCUUCCCGUGUGGCUUCUCGCGACUUGUCGCCGCCUCUUUGUCCUCUCGGAAACUUUUGUCUCAAAUUGUUAUGGGCCAUUAAAGACACUUUUUGGAGGCUCUUCCACACAUCGACUUGAAAGCGAGACGUCUGAAACCGCCACCACCCUCUCAUCACACAUCACUUUUACCAUCAACCAUGGGGAAACAGAACAGCAAGCUCCGUCCUGAUGUCAUGCAGGACCUGAUGGACAACACUGACUUCACCGAGCACGAGAUCACAGAAUGGUACAAGGGCUUCCUGCGGGACUGCCCCAGCGGCGCCCUGUCCAUGGAAGAGUUCAAGAAGAUCUACGCCAACUUCUUCCCAUAUGGCGACGCCUCCAAGUUCGCCGAGCACGUCUUCCGCACGUUUGACGCCAACGGCGAUGGCACCAUUGACUUCCGGGAGUUCAUCAUCGCCCUGAGCGUCACGUCCCGUGGCCGGCUGGACCAGAAGCUCAAGUGGGCCUUUAGCAUGUACGACCUGGACGGCAACGGCUACAUCAGCAAGGCAGAGAUGCUGGAGAUAGUCACGGCCAUUUACAAGAUGGUCUCCUCAGUGAUGAAGAUGCCGGAGGAUGAGUCGACGCCUGAGAAACGCACGGAUAAGAUCUUUCGGCAAAUGGACACGAAUCGAGAUGGUAAAUUGUCUUUGGAGGAGUUUGUGGAGGGCGCCAGGAGUGACCCGUCCAUUGUGCGGCUGCUGCAGUGCGACCCAAGCAGCGUCGGCCAGUAAACGGCCGGAUUGCUUCUCUUUCUAGCACCUCUUUUUUUUGCAAUUAGUUCCUCAAAAAAAACACCAUCUGAAGGACACCUUUGACAGACUGUAUUGCUGUAUGCGCAGGACUUGUUUUUUUUCUAAAAUGAAUUUAGGAGGUACCAAACUGCACUGAAUCCAUGGUUGCUGCUGCGCUUUUUGAAUUGGGAAGAGUCAGUGGAUGACCAGUACUGAAAAGUGAAGCAUCUUGGGAAAUGUAGUUCCUCUUAACAUCAGAAGGAUUUUAACGCACAUUUUUUUGGGAGGAAUAAUACACAGCCCCUAAUGAGGAUCGUGCUGGCUAGACAUUCAGAGAUAAAGUGAAUGUUGAAACCUAUGUUUGUUUUUCUGCAGUAUUAUUGAUUUUUAGAAGUUUAACAAAAGGCUCCAACUCCAGCUUGGUGCGAAAAAAAGAUAUUUUGUUUUUUUCUUAAAUUGCACAGUAAAAUCCAGGCUGUAACCAUAAUUCUAACCAUUUUUUAUAUAGAUAUAUAUUAUUUGAAAAAAAAACAACUUCAACUCAAAAUCAAAUGCUCUAUUAAAUGUCUAUUAAUGUUUAAAAUGUCAUAAAUAAUUCCCUUAUUUAUUUCCACCAAUUUUGUUUAAAUUCCCAUAAAUGCAAAUGUUGGCCAGUGGACGAAUCAUUUUGGGUCUAAUUGUAUUUUUUUUCCUCCCAAAACUCCACAUACCUAAAACAAAAAUAGCUGUUUUAACGAUAUGUAUAGUAUUCCAUUUUUUUUAUGAUGAAUUCACCUUUAAAAAUAUGUAAAUUAUUGCAAUGUUAUGUUUUUCUUUUACUUGAAAGGACAAAAAAAGAUGUAUAUUUAUGCUAGACCAAGAGCACAUGUAUGGUAAGCAGAAAUUAUACCGCAACUCAUACGCGUUUAUUAUUGUUCCCUAAAACCAAACGCGCGUAUGUGCUUUAUGAUUAUUUUCGCUUGCCGUACAUUUGUGCGUUGCUAUGCAGUCACGCACACAAAAUAGCGUUGUGGGAAGUGACGUUUCCCCAAUAUGGCCGCUCACGCUACCAAUUUGUCAUGUGUUUAUGUUUGUCAUGCUUUAAAGCUGCACCAAAUUUCACUUUCACUGACUUAAGUAUUUUUUUUUAUCCCUGCUGGUGUGAAGACACUUUUUUUAGUGGAAAGGAAACAAUAAUUUGAAAAAAUAACUGUGAUAAUGACGGCAGAAAAGGCCGUUGAGUACUUCAGUCCCACUUCCAUUAGCAUUUUGUGGUCUAAGUGCCAAAUAUAGAUGAUGAAUUUAAAAGAAUAAAUGUACACACAGUAUUGUAUCAUUUAUACUGUACAGUUGUUACCUGUCGAACAAACGAGGAUGUCACUAUUAUUUUAUUGGUAGAUUUUGUAAACUUUGUGUAGGAUGUCCAUUUUGGUAUUCAAAUAAAGACGAAAUAAUCAA